AGUUUACUUUUUGUUGAGUGUCUGUAGUGGACCAUAAAUUAUGAUAACUAGGAGCAAAAGAAAUCUCAAGUUACAACUUAAGUUAUGUAUAUAUAUAUAUAUAUAUAUAUCUGUGUAUGUAUAUGUAUACAUACACACGUGUGUGUGUGUGUGUUUUCCAUUCUUUGUAUUAUUACAAACCUUAAUAUUCAGUACAAACACUUUAAGAUGAGUUUAGGUCUUUGGAUUUCUUUAAAUUGACAUAUGAAUGAGUGCUGUAAAUAGCUCUGUUAGUUUACCACAACUUUCAAGUGCUCUCAUAAAUUUACAUGCAUCCACUUCCACACCAUCCACAGCUGAGGAAGUGAACGGACCAUUUCAUUUGCAAUUGAGAUGACUGUGAAGAGUUUUAACACAUAUCCGCGCACAAGAAGGUUUGCUUUGAGGAUUGCUGCGCUCAUUCAUGCCCUCCCAUAAAAGUCGCUCCUGGCCUGUAGGCUAAAGCUGCGCCGUUUCCUAUUUGAUUCUGAUGUUGAUAGGCUCGUUUACCGGCAUUCUUCUGUCAGUGCGGGGAGCCGGGCCAUGGCCAUUUUCAUGGUCACACCACCUGCGGGUAUCUUGAGGUGACAAACCAAACGAAACCCAGGGGGUAUCGAGGGAAAAUCAGUCUUUAAACCGGUAGUUAGGCGUGGUGUGAAAAUUCACCAUCACACGUCCCAGCUCCCACUGCGCUAAACUGCUUCUGAAUUAGAGAGGAAUCCUAAAAGACCGUCUCAAAUAUAACGACUGUAUUUGUAUUGCAAGUGAAUUACGUGGCUUUUGUAAGAAAAGGUUCAGUGACGUGACGCAAAUUUUUUGUCAGGAUCUAAAACACUUUAAAUAAACAAAUUAACCAAGAAAUAAAUCUGUGAUUUAACUUUUUAUUUUGUUUGUUUAGAAUUGUCUAGGUGGUUCAACUGUGUGAUUUAAAAAACUUGAAUUAGUUUGCCAUUAUAUUUUAUCAUUACGUAUUAAAAUAAGGAUUAAAUAUUUUAUUUUAUAUUUAUAAACAGUUUUAAAAUAACGUCAGUGUAACCACAUGCAGAAAAACAUUUUGUCAUGUGAUCCAAAGCUUAAAAACGUAUAGGCUAUAGCUACUUUAGGUCAAAUAACCUAAAGAAAACUUCACAAAUAUAAGCCUAUUUUAAAUGACUACAUUAAUAAUAAAAUCUAUAUUGCCUAUAUGUUUGAAAAAAAUAUGCAAUUUAUUACUUUUUUCUAAAUAAUGCAUGAAACUUGCACAUGCGUUUAAAAUUGUCAAAAUUUUGAAGUGCAUUUUAAAAUAAAUUGUAUCAAUUUAAUACUCUGCAGUAAUACAGCUAAAAAGAUCUUUAAUACUGAGGAUAAAAUCGUCUUGCAUUUUGUUCCUUAUUUAACAAACAAAAGACCGACAUAAAAAUCUAUUUGCCAAUACGUUUGUCUCAGUAUAAUAGAGGAAAAUUCAUCUCUCACGUUGGCGUUUAAGCUGCUCCUAAAAACCAGUAAUACAUAUUAUUAAAUUUGACUGAUAUUAUUUCGCCAUCCCCUUAGUUUGAGAUGCUGUAAUCGUGUGUUUAGGAUCCGUAUCUCGAAUGCGGAUUGUUUUGUUUAAGCAGGUCAAAGUCCCCCACACCUGCCUGACUGUCCUGAAUCCCUGCGGUGACACUCCACCCCUAUUGGUCUGACCAUCGGCGGACCAAAGACAGAAUGCGUGUGGCCUCUCAUAAAUAGCCCUAAUUUCCACGAGUCCUGCACAAGCUUCACCAGCCACAAGUCCAACACAUUUGGGGUCUCCAACCAUGACCCUUUCCCAGGAUUACGAAGAAGUGCAGCGUACCCCCGUCUCUUCUGAAGACGAUGAAAUAGACAUCGUCGGAGGAGACCACAGUGAUAGCGACCGAGAGUAUUUCAUCAUGCCUUGCAGGGACCCCACGGAGGCGGACCACUCAGGGUCCGAGUCUUCAGGAGAGAGCGAGAGCAGCUUCUCCGCCGCGACCGCUCCGAAGCAGACCUCCGCCGUCAAACCUCCGUACUCCUACAUCGCCCUCAUAACCAUGGCGAUCCUCCAGAGCCCGAUGAAGAAACUGACCCUCAGCGGCAUCUGCGACUUCAUCAGCAACAAGUUCCCGUACUACAAGGAGAAAUUCCCCGCGUGGCAGAACUCCAUCAGGCACAACUUGUCACUCAACGACUGCUUCAUCAAGAUCCCACGAGAGCCUGGAAACCCGGGGAAAGGCAACUACUGGUCCCUGGACCCUGCAUCUGAGGACAUGUUUGACAACGGCAGCUUUCUGCGCAGAAGGAAAAGAUUCAAGAGGAACCAACCCGAUUUCACCAAAGACAACCUGGUGCUUUACCACCCAACGUUAAGUUAUCGAGCAUAUGGGCGACCUUACUGCGUCUCUGGGCCGGUUCCAGCCCAGGCUAAUCCUAUUGGAUAUUUGCCAGUGCCGGAUGGCAUCAUGGUGCCACCACCUUAUUUCCAAUAUCAGACUCUCAACAUUAAGGUCCACGAAGCUCCAGAAAUCCAGCAAAGGCCCGAGCACAAGACCCAGAAGUGUUCGUUCAGCAUUGACAGCAUUAUGGCCAAGUCAACGGCGUCUCUUCACAAAAACUCUCCCCAUCAUCUCACACCUGACUAUAGUUAUGUAUUUCCCAGGCCGACAUCAUGUGUGAAUCCAAGUUUGUUACCAGUGCCAGCAAGGACUCCUCUGCUGAAGACUGUUCCUUUCACAGAAACUCUGCGGAUGGCGUAUCCUCACUGUUGAACUGUGUCUGGAAAACUCUCCAAUUCAUUUGGAAUAGACUUGUAACAUAAGAUGUGUCUGUCAUUGCUCUUAUAUGAUAGUUUUAUUGUAAAUAAAUAAAUGAUAAUAUAUUUGUUAGUCUAAAAUCCUGGAACGUUGGAUGUAUUAAAAUGCCUGUUUAAAUAAACCAUCAUCGUCAAAUCUCAAUUAGCCUACGUGUUAUUCGUACUCAUUAUAGCAAUUAUUAGGCUAUAUCGUGUAUUUUUCCCAUAAAGCCCUAAUAGUAUCUAAAUGAAAUAAUGCGUUUUGCUCAUUCAUUUGUCAAAAAGAAAAAGACUUGUUGUUUUAAGAUCGCUUUAAUUGUAUAAGUUGGAACGUUGAGCACUGUAUUUAAUUUUUAAAAAACUUUAAAAUACUUAUAUAAAAAGAGGUGGGGGGGCUUUAAACUUUUAAUUGACUUUAAAUUGUAUUCUCGCCCUCUCACUAAAAAGUUUUAAAGUUAAAGCUCGAAAUAUUAAAAGACUGCAUAUGAAUGCGCGUUCAAUACUCGCAUUUCAAAACUAGAAUGCUGGUAACCGCGUGUUGCAUGCAUAAUAGUCUACAGAUUCUCCAUCACUGCCUGCAAGACGUUUUCUAUCCGUUUAUGUCCACUAGAUGGAGAUUGAAGCUCGUGAAAUCAGUCGCGCUCGAUGCAUUGCUUGGUUAAUUUGACUGAUUUAGGCUGACUUCACUUUAUAGUGUUAUGUAAUAAGUCAAAUAGGAAAUGCAUCUACAGCGAAAACAAAUAUGGUUUAGUUGUUACGCUUUUCACUCCAUAUGUUUUUUUAGGAUAGGUUAUUUUUUGAAAGUCAAUUAGCCUGCUGUACGGAUAGGCUACAUGCUUUAAAACAAUCACUGAAACAACAAUAAUGUAAAAAGUAACAAAUAUAUAAAACCAUUGGCCAUCAAAAAGAUGUAGACUAGCCUACUUAAAAUAAAAAAAUAAAAAAUAAAAAACCUGUAACCUUGCCUUGACCUGACAUUUAUGAAAAAUGUCUGUUGUCCUCAGAAGACAGUUCAACCUUUCAGUUAAAAUCUGCCUAAUUGCAUAGCCGACUAUUGUUUGAAUUGAUAUCAGUGUGCUUUCAUUGUGUUCACUUGUUUACUCAAGAGCUUACAAAAUAUGAUACCGAAUUUAGUUUAAAUAACAGAAUUCACAAAAUCAUUGUAAUUUAAAAGGGUUUUGAAUUAGAAGAUUGAAA